AGUAAAUCCUCUUUAUAAAACAGCUAAGCCUCUCUGUUGUGCUACGCCGAGUCAUACGCAGCCGGAAAUAAGUAGAGAAAUAGUGUUAAUUCACUGUGCUUUCUUCCUUGGUAUCGCACUAAAAGAUGGCGUGGAAAAUGGUGUUGUGUUUCCUUUCAGCUCUUUUUGCUGUGGAGGCCAGUAUGUUAGUUGGUGGGUUUAGAGACAUAGACGUCAAAGACGAAGGUGUUCAAAAUGCGCUGAACUUCGCUGUUGUCCAACACAACAGAGGAACCAACGACAUGUACCUUCAUCAAGUGGCUGAAGUGGUCAAGGCUCAGGUUCAGGUGGUUGCAGGGAUGAAGUACAUCCUAACUGUGAAGAUGGAAAAGACUGCCUGCAGAAAGAACGUGGCUAUUGAGCAAUGUGACACCCAAAGCAGGCCAAGUAAUGCCCAGCCUUACCAGUGCACCUUCACUGUGUGGAGCCGCCCAUGGAUGAAUGAUAUCAGGCUGCUGGAGGAGAAAUGCUAGAAAGGGGUCUUCUUAGCACCAUUAGCACAACCAGCUUCAGUUAACAUUUUGAUGCGUUUUUCUUUAAGAUGAACUAAUGUAACCAUUUCUGUCUAAUUCUUUACCUUAUAUAUCGCUAACCUCUUGUUGAACUCCAGGUUUUUCAAAUCUCACUAUAGCUUCUUUAUGGGAAAAGGCAAUAAAGUAACAAAACACUUAGCUGCUCAUUAACUUGUAAAGCUUGCACAGUUUAAAAAUAAAUGUGUUU